UUUGUUUACUUAAGUUGUUGAGAAGAAAUAAAGAGUGUUGGUGGUACUUUCUCAGCCUCUCUCUGUGUGUCAGUGUGUGAAUGUCUCAAACCACAAACACAGACAGCACAAUCUUCUUACACUCAAUCACACACACACAACACACAACACACAAACACCUUUCUUCUCAUGUCCAUGGCUGAUGAUAAGGGUGAUAGAUCAUGCUCCUCCAUCACCAUACCCCUUCUUGUUGAUGAAAAAGUGAAUGGUUCAGAUGAGGCUUUGGUGGCCAAAGCUUGUGAUCUACACACACCUCAUGCGGGUAACACCCCAUUUUUCAAGACUUGCUUCCAUCUCAUCAAUGCCCUCUCAGGAGUUGGAAUCAUAUCAAUGCCUUAUGCUCUGGCAUCUGGUGGAUGGUUAAGCAUAUUUCUUCUGUUUGUGAUUGCCAUUUCAUGUUGUUACACGGGCAUGUUGGUGAAAAGAUGCAUGGACAUGGACCCUGAUAUUAGGACCUUCCCUGACAUAGGUCAACGUGCAUUUGGAGACAAGGGAAGGGUGAUUGUAUCAAUUGCCAUGAACUCUGAGCUCUAUCUAGUUGUGACAGGUUUUCUGAUCUUAGAGGGUGACAACCUUAACAAGCUAGUGCCAAACGUGGAACUUGACCUAGCAGGGUUAACAUUUGGUGGCACAAAAGUUUUCACUGUGGUUGCUGCCCUUGUUAUUUUGCCUAGUGUUUUGUUGGAGGAUUUGAGCCUGCUGUCUUAUGUCUCUGCUAGUGGUGCUUUGGCUUCUUCCAUUUUUCUCCUCUCUUUGUUUUGGAAUGGAACCAUUGAUGGCACUGGCUUUCAUGCAAAGGGAACUUUGUUCAGAUUUAGUGGAAUACCUGCUGCUGUUAGUUUGUAUGCCUUCUGCUAUAGUGCUCAUCCAAUCCUUCCUACUCUCUACAAUUCCAUGAGAGACAAAAGCCAGUUCUCUAGGGUGCUGUCUGUAUGUUUUUCAGUAUGCACCCUUGGUUAUGCAGCAGCUGGUGUGUUUGGCUACUUAAUGUUUGGACAAGAGGUUGAAUCUCAGGUGACACUGAACCUCCCAACAAGCAAGUUCAGUUCACACGUGGCAAUAUUCACCACCUUGGUCAACCCUAUAACAAAAUAUGCAUUGAUGAUCACACCAGUCAUAAACGCCAUAAAAAACAAGGUUUCAUGGCAUCACAACAAAAGGUUCACUCACAUGCUUGUUAGUACCACAGUGCUCAUUAGCACUCUUAUUGUAGCAGUGACAAUUCCCUUGUUUGGAUAUCUCAUGUCACUAAUUGGGGCAUUGCUUAGUGUCUCGGCUUCAAUUUUGGUGCCAUCAGUGUGCUACUUGAAGAUUUCAGGAGCUUACAAGAGAUUUGGGUCUGAAAUGAUCAUCAACUAUUCAAUAAUUGUGAUGGGGGUUGCUAUUGCUAUUGUGGGUACUUAUACAUCUCUUGUAGACAUAGUUCAUAAUUUGUAAGUGUUGAUGGAUUGGACACUCCAUUUGGAAGCUGCUAUAAUCGAAACUUAUGGUGUAGAGUAAGUGCAUGACUUUAUUUCUUUGUAUCCGAAUGUCUAAAGAUGUGCUUCUCUGUAUCAACAUUUUGUGAGGCAUAAUCUUUGUCGGGUAUGUGUUUUUAUCAUUUGAACAUGUUUAGGAGAUUGUUUUGUUGCAAGGGAGGAAUAAAAGAAAAAAACUAAAAAUCGCACUUGUUUCUGAUGAACUAAUACUGUGUAUGUAGUUGCUUGAUUUUUAAGACAUGUUCAAAAUCAACGAGGCUAUAAGGUUAGAUAUAAA